UAUAGAUCUAAAAAAUAACUAUAAAUCCCCAUCAAAUGCAUAUUACAGUAGGGCGUCAGAUUGCUUAGCUAAACAUGAAAUAUAACUUAUAUACAGUGGCUUUAUUAUGACUUUGUAUAAAAAUGUAUGAGUAAUACUGUACUCUGUUCAAUAGUACUAUACUCUGAUACAACUCAACAUUUCUUUUAUUAUAUAUUGCAGUAAAAUUUCUAUAGAUCUAAAAAACUACUAUAAAUCUCAGGUAGCUGCUUGUUUCAGUAGGGCAUUAAACUGAUUAGCUAAACACACAGUAUCACUUAUUUACAGUGGCUUGCCAUACUAUUAGAUAUAAUGCACUAAAAUUAAUAUUUCUCUGUUAUUGAUUUUUGUGUUAAUUUUUUUGAAUUUUUAUGUUCUUAUUUUUGAUUUUGGAACUAGAAUAAAUAAAAUCCUAUGUUAUAAUCAGUUAAAAAACUUAAUUUAGCUUAAAAAAGCAAAACAAAAUAUAAUAGGGUUUAUAAUUAGCAUUUAGUAUAGUGCCUUUUAGCUGCAAUUGAAGAGCUUAUUUUCAAAACGCAGUAAGCACCAAUUUCAAAAAAACUGCUUUAAGUGACUAAUUUUGAAGAGAAAAUUAAAUCCUUUCAAGUCAUGUUUGUAGCUAAUUAAUUAGGCUUAAUUUUUUUUUUAAUUUAGGCUCUAAAAAAUAGUUUAUUUUCAAAACGCAGUAUAAUUUUUUUAGUUUAUUUUCAAUGUGCUGUAUAUUUUUUUGACCAAUUCGUGCUUAUAUAAAGUUACUCCACGCAAGCGCAAUAAGCAUAUUUAAAUAAUAAUAAUAAAGAUGGCUGAUUUGGAUGGCUUAGAUGAAAGUGUUGUGUUAACGUUAAAAUCACAAAAAAGAAAAAAACAAUGUUCUGGAAGAGAGAAAAAAAAGUUAUUUAGACAUUCAAGUGGAGGAAAAGUUCCUUCUAUAUCAUGUAAUCAUGUUUCAGGUUCCUGCGAAGCUCGAGAUAUAACACAGAAUAAUUUGCUUAAAAAUCAUACAAAAUUCUAUAGUAUUGCAAGUAAAGUAUUACAAGAUGCUACUAUACUGUCAAUGCUUAAUUUAAUCAAUGUGAAAAGAGUUGGAGUGAAAUAUAAUAAUCAAAAAAAGUUUAGAACUAAGAGUAUUGAGUACUUUUUAUGCUGCAAGGGAAUUAAAGUACAAGUUUGCCAAGCUCUAUUUUGUUCAGUAUUGUCCAUAAAACCUGAUAGAGUUUUAAGAAUUGCAAGACACUGGUAUGAACAUGGAACUACCAGACCUGAAAAUAGAGGAGAAGACAGGAAGAAAGUAGCUUUUUCUGUAAAUAAAGAAGCUAUUAAAAACCAUAUUAAGUCUUUUACUUACAGAGCAAGUCAUUAUGGAAGAAAAGGUGCUCCAGGAUGUAAAUAUUUGCCCUCUGAUUUAAAUAUAAAGUGAUGUUCGAACUUUUUUUGGAUAAAAACAGUACUUAAACUGUAAGCUACCAUUAUUAUUAUGGGGUAUUUAUAAAAAUAAAAACUGCUUUUUUCAUUCUUCAUCAAAGGAAAACCAGAAAAUUUUAUAGUCUUCUCAAUGAUAUUCAUCCAAAUGAGAUCACUAUCUGUUUUGACAUGAUAAAGAACCUUGAACUACCAAAAUUAUCAAUUGGAGAAGCCUACUUUUCUAGGCAGCUUUUUUUUUUAUGUCCUUGGUGUUGUUAUUCAUAAAGGUGAUAAGUAAAACAUAAGGGAAAUAUUUAGACCAUUACAAACGUUUGGAAUUAAAUAACUGUGUUAAACUUGUUAAGAAAGACGAUGUUUUUCGUCUUCUCGAUCUUGUAGGAGUAGAAGGCAGAAUACAAAUGUAUAAAACACUACUCUGUAAUGCCACUAAAAAUGAUACUAACCUUAGUGAAGAAGAUAGUUCAUAAUUUGAUUUAAUUGUUUUUUAGCUGUGAAUUUUGUAAACAUGUUUUAGUUAAAAUUUAAAUAUUUUAAAAAAUC